GACAGUUGGGAGGUAUAGUCGGGACAGUUGGGAGAUUAUUGUCUGGGAUGAAGAAUGUUUCCAGGGUCGCAGACAUGAGUUUACAUCUGAGUGCUACAACAUCAUGGAAUCUGGAUUUGAAACUGUCCGUUCAUUUAAAAUCGAGAGUGGAGCCUGGGUUGGCUAUGAGCACUUAGGAUUCCAAGGUCAGCAGUUUGUGUUGGAGAGAGGAGAGUACCCCCGCUGGGAGGCCUGGAGUGGCAGCAACGCUUAUCAUGUCGAGCGAAUGACCUCCUUCCGACCAAUUGCCUGUGCUAACCAUCGUGACUGUAAGAUGGCCAUCUUUGAGAAGGAGAACUUCCUGGGAAGGAAAGGAGAGAUGAGUGAUGAUUAUCCCUCCCUUCAAGCCAUGGGCUGGUGUAACAAUGAAGUUGGCUCUUUCCGUGUCCAGUCUGGCGCCUGGGUGUGCUACCAGUAUCCCGGUUACCGUGGCUUCCAAUAUAUCCUGGAAUGUGACCGUCACUCAGGAGAGUACAAGCACUGGAGAGAGUGGGGAUCCCAUGCUCAGACCUUCCAGAUCCAAUCCAUCCGCAGAAUUCAGCAGUAACUUUUACAUGCAGACAUGUAUUUUAACUUGAAAUAACAAUGAACUAAGUUUAAAGAAAAUAAAGAUUU